UUUGAAACCCAAACAGGGCCUAAUUCUCUCUCGUGUUAUCCGUGUGAAAACUCUCUCUCUCUUCUCUCUCUCUCUCUCUCUCUCUCUCAAUUUCAGCUCCCACCGAAACCCUAACCAGUUUACGUUUUCAACUGGGAAGGGACCAAAGAGAAGCACCAUCGGGGAUUGAAUUCCCCUAAUGCGUGUUGCUACACACUGCAACGAUCUUCAUCAUCAACGAUGGAGCUCUGGAACGACGGUUUAUCGGAGCCGGAGAUUGGAAGUUCCGUUGAGUCGUUCCAGAGGUUUUUGGCUUCUCAAAGAGAACUCGUACAUAGCCAGAUCGAUCAGUUUCAGAAUAUCAUCGUCACGCAAUGUAAACUCACCGGCGUUAAUCCUCUCGCUCAAGAAAUGGCUGCUGGUGCAUUGUCAAUAAAUAUCAGAAAAAGACCUAGGGAUUUAUUAAAUCCGAAGGCUGUGAAUUACAUGCAAUCAGUUUUUUCUAUUAAAGAUGCAAUUAGCAAGAAAGAAUCCCGUGAGACCAGUGCUUUAUUUGGCGUGACAGUUACACAGGUGCGUGACUUUUUCACUGGUCAACGUUCAAGAGUGAGGAAACUAGCUCAGCUGUCAAGGGAGAAGGCUUUAAAAUCUAACUCUUGUGCAGAAUCUCUUGAUAUGCAAAUAAACCCUGAUCCCGUGAGAACAAUAAAUCCAGCUCCCUUAAACUCUGCUGGUGCCAUCAACAUGGAAGAAGCAUCCUGCCCAACACAACAAACAGCUCUUUCUGACCUAGACGAGUUAGACAAACAAUUUGUUGAGAACAUUUUUGGCCUAAUGCAGAAAGAGGAAACCUUUUGUGGACGGGAGAAGUUGAUGGAGUGGAUAUUGACAAUACAUAAUUUUUCAGUCUUGCUGUGGUUUUUGACUGGAGGAGGUGCAAUGACUUUAGCAAAUUGGUUGAGUAAAGCUGCUGUUGAAGAGCAAACAAGUGUACUGCUUCUUAUCUUGAAGGUUCUUUGUCAUCUGCCUUUACAUAAAGCAAUUCCUGCACACAUAUCAGCUUUAUUGCAGAGUGUUAAUAGACUACGGUUCUACCGGACAUCAGACAUUUCUAACAGGGCAAGGGUUUUGUUAUCAAAGUGGAGCAAAUUGUUAACAAGGAACCAAGCCAUAAAGAAACCCAAUGGUGUUAAGCGUUCCGGUGAUGGUCAAAAAGAGACAAGACUAUCUCAGAGCAAUGGUCAACUCGUCGGCCCUGAAUCAUGGCAUUUUGAUGUUCCUGAAGACGUUCUUGCUCUCUCGAAUGAAUUUUCAGAUGAUUUCAGGAAACUAGAAUCUCAAUCUGUGAAAUUGUUGCUGCCCAGCUCAGAUGAUUGUAAUAAGAAACACCCCCUUGGUGCAUCUUCAUCUCAAGCUAGAGAGCGCAGAAAAGUGCAAUUGGUGGAACAGCCAGGAUCAGUGAGUAGAAGCCCACAGACGGCAAGGACAGGGCCAGUAACUCAGAGCCGUCCUAUGUCUACUGAUGAUAUCCAGAAAGCAAAAAUGCGUGCAUUAUUUAUGCAGAGUAAAUACAAGAAAACUGCUUCUAUAAAAGAAAAUAAAGAAGCGAAAAUCAAUAGUCCGAGUAAGUCUCUAACAAAUCAGGGAAGCAUUGCAGUCUGCUCUUCCAAAGUUCCAGCGCCGCUCAAAAUUGAAGACAAGAAACCUCUGUUGCAUCCGCCUAAAACCACUAAUAGGCUGGAAGCUUCUUAUUCCAAACUGAAGAUGGAUUUGAAGGAGCCUCUCUGGGAGAAGUGCAAGAGGGUGAAAAUCCCAUGGAAAUCACCAGCAGAAGUAAAACUUGAAGAUACCUGGAGAGUGGGUGCUGGGGUAGAUAGCAAAGAGGUUCAUGUUCAGGAAAACAGAAACCGUAGGGACAAAGAAACCAUUUAUAAGACAGCACAAGAGAUGCCCUCUAACCCCAAGGAGCCUUGGGAUGUUGAAAUGGACUACGAUGAUUCUUUGACACUGGAAAUUCCUAUUGAACAGCUACCAGAUUGUGACGACGUAGAAAUGGAUGCAUCUGAUCAAGUUGCAACUCAUGCUGCUGUUCAAGGGGUGGCCUCCUCAUCUUCAGCCAGUAAUGCAGCAACUGCUCAACCUGACAUGCAGUUGCUUGCCGUACUGCUAAAUAAUCCAGACUUGGUAUUUGCCUUAACUUCUGGACAAGUUGGCAACAUAUCAGAUGAGCAAACCUUGAAGCUGCUUGACAUGAUCAAGAGUGGCAAUGUGAACUUGGGAUUAAGUGAAAUUGCAAAUGGCAACUAUGGUGCUAUUGCAAGGGCCCCCGAGAAGGUGGAAGUUUCUCUCCCAUCUCCAACUCCUUCAAGUGAUCCAAGCACGAAUGGAUGCAGCAUAGAAGCACCAAAGAAUCCUUUUACAAGGCAAAACUUAGCAACUGAUAGACGAAUUUUCCAGAGCCCUGCUUCAAUUGCAACUACCAACUUAUCAUCUCAAAUUCCAGCUACUAAUACUGCAGUAAGGCAACAGCAUACAGUCAUUCCAUCUUCAAAGCAGCUAACCGGCACAACAGUUUCUCAAUAUUCACUACCAAAAGCAACUAAUAUUAUUCAUGAAAAACAACCAGUUCACUCCUCCGCGUAUGCGCAAACACAAUUCUCUGAUAGAGGUCUAGCCAUGAGGAACACAAUCACCGCAAAUGUAUCUUCGGUUGGCGCACAUUCACCUCUAGCAAUCCGGGCUGAUGGCAUAAGUAAUAUAAAACCAAUAUUACCUAAUUCAAAUAUACAAGAGGGUUCGUCUAAUUCAUUUCAACAACCAACAUCACGCUCAGCCACACAACAACAAAGACAUACUCAUAUGAUGCCCCACCAGCCCCAUUUUGCAGAACCUUCCUAUCAGAACCCUGUCCAUCCCUAUCAACCACAAUUCGAAAGAUCGGGUCCUGUGUCAGAUUUGCGGAGAGUUAGGCAGGAUAUACCACCCAUUUAUCAUUCUCAACGAAAUCAUAACACAAUGGUUGGGGGGUCAAUGCAAUCUGGUUCAUGGGAUACAAACAAUCAUGGAAGGGAGGGAUAUGAAUCAUGGAGUCCGGAGAAUAGUCCAACUAGGAAUCCUCCUAGGUAUGCUCCAGGUAGGAAUCUCCCAGAGUCCAGGAAUCAUGUAAGAAAUCAUAGACCUGAGUGGUCAAGGCAGCGGGGUUCUUCUGGACACUGGGACCCUGGUAGGCAUGAGAAUAGAAAAUGGCAUGAUCAGAGGCGAUGAUUUAGUGUUCAAAUUUAUUUUGGUCUAUGGGGUUAAAUCUGACCCUUAACUUGCUGGAUAUAUAGAGUUAAACUCUGAUAACAAUAAUUUUUCUUUUGGUUAAAAUAAUGGAAUGGAUAGCGAACUAAACUGAUUGUCGGAUAA